UCAUCAUCAUUGUCGUCGUAGUCGUUGUGUUUUGUUGUAACGUUAUGUGUGUGAUCACAUGUACAUCGUGUUUGUUAUGAUGUUUUUUUUUGUUCGUUCGAUUUUUGCGACGUUAUGAAUGUAUUUUGGAUACAGACGGUUUGGUGUAUUGUUUGGAUGAAAUUGUACAAGAUGAGAGCAGACUGUACUGGUGCUAAGAGAGUGAGAGCCACGCUAAUACAAUCAUGCAUACAUACACACACACACACAUAUUAUCCAAUUCCAACAACAAUAACAAAAACAAUCUCGACAGAAGACGAACAAGAAAAUCGCUUCAAGUGAUUCGCUCACAUUCGCCUAUAACACACAGGACAACGAUUCAUAUAAUACCGCCUCGGUAGCUCUGUACGUUUUAGUCAGUACAUUUUCAUAUGCAGCGGUGUAAAUAGCUCCGAUUUGUGUUUACAACCGACGACCAAAACAUUAAUAUAUUGCUAUAAUACAACUUGUACAUAACACACGACACACGAGUAAUAAAACAAGAAUUCAUCACAAAGACUCAUCAUCGUGUAUGCAGACACGCAUCGAAUUCGAAUCAAUUUUACGGAAAUUCAAAAACAAUACAUCACUGUUUGCAAUCGUAUUUAUACCGAAACUAUCAAAAUAAUCUAGUAAAAAAAAAAAAAAAUUAAGAAAAAAACAAACAAAAUUAAAACAAGAAAUCGUUCAAGUAGUUUGUGAAAACUCUUAGUGCAUUUCAAUCAAAUUUAAUGCGGACCAUCAUAAUAACACAGGCAAGCACAUACACACAUAUAUUUAUACAACAUUCAAUAGUUGAUUAUGGAUGGCACUCCAGCAAUUUUCGAUUUUCAAUUCAUGACAAUUUGAGUGCAGCAAGCAUCGAAACAAAUCUACAUUAAAAAAAAAAUUAUUGAAAAAGAAAGGAAGAGAAAAUAUGCCAUGUGCAAUGUAAAGAAGAAAUGAUAAAUCAAAAAAAAAUUGUACGGUGAUGGUCAAGAGUCAGAGACGACGACAAAAUAAGUAAAAUUCGGUGUAUGUGUGCUUUACAAACAGACAGCAUUAAUCUAUCCUCAAUUUAGCAUACACACAACACAAACAACGGACACACAAUAGAACGAGCGGUGUACAGGUUCUCUUAAGUCGUUUCAAAUCAACUUAACGAGAGAGACGUGAAAAACAAAAUAAUAUACAAAAACAAAAAUAAAGUUCUGGAUCCGAAAUACAAAACAAACGACACAAAUAUCAAGCACAAUAUUUGACCGUACACAAAAUAAAAAUCGGGUUAAUCGAAUAUAUUGAAGGAAAGCUCAUAUUUUGUCAAAUUAUCAUAUACCAAAACUAUACAAUUUAAGCGGCCACAAAGUACAGAGUAAUGGAAGAAUGGAUAACGAACAACCACACCAAGAGUUGGUGAAAUGCGUCCUAGUAGGUGAUACAGCUGUAGGAAAGACUCGAUUAAUUUGUGCCAGAGCUUGCAAUAAACAUGUUUCAUUAUCUCAACUGUUAUCAACACAUGUACCGACCGUUUGGGCCAUCGACCAAUAUCGCAUUUACAAGGAUGUACUUGAACGAUCAUGGGAAGUGGUUGAUAAUGUGAAUGUUUCAUUACGACUUUGGGAUACGUUUGGCGAUCAUGACAAGGAUCGACGAUUUGCAUACGGCCGAUCGGAUGUUGUGCUAUUAUGUUUUUCGAUAGCAAAUCCGACAUCGUUGCGAAAUUGUUUGGCUAUGUGGUAUCCGGAAAUUAGACGAUUUUGCCCAGAAACACCAGUCAUAUUAGUCGGAUGCAAAAACGAUCUCCGUUAUAUGUAUCGUGAUGAGGCCUAUUUAUCAUAUUUCGGUGAUAAAAGUCCACUUGUUAGAGCCGCACAAAAAAAUGAUCUAGUGAUGCCUGAUGAAGCUCGAGCUGUGGCAAAGGAAUUGGGAAUUGCAUAUUAUGAAACUAGUGUAUUCACAUAUUUCGGUGUGAAUGAAUUGUUUGAAAAUGCAAUCCGAGCCGCAUUGAUUCAGCGACGUCAUCAACGAUUUUGGAUGACAAAUUUAAAACGAGUCAAAAGACCAUUGCUUCAGGCCCCAUUUCGACCACCAAAACCGUUACAACCCGACCUCACCGUAUUGCCUGAAACACAUCAAAAGGAUAUGCUCAAUAUGUUGAAAAAUCAAUUUUAUUCGGAUUUAGUCAUUGUAGUUGGGUCAAUUCGAUUUUUCGUGCAUCGUUUUGCCAUUGCAGCCGGAUCGCAAGCAUUCUAUCGCUUGUUAAACAUCGAUUUCACGGAUAUGGGUGCAAGAAGUAGCAGCGAAUCGAGUGUGGUUAGCUCAACGUAUGGUGACAAUUCAAACGCCGAUUUCAAUGAAGAAACUGAAUACCUGAUUCGUUGUGAUCCAAGCAAAAUGCCACAGCCAAGAAUGUGGGAACAGCUCAAAAGGCGAUCGAGCUACCAAGCACUUCCAACAAUCGAAUCGAAAAAGCCAAUCGAUAUUUUUAGGGACUUACAUCAUCCAAUUUUUCAAAAUAUUAGGAUAAUACAUAACGAAUCGAGUCGUCACAAUUCAAAUUUGAUUCAAGCUCAAACAAUCGUCACACUAAGUAAAUUAGUAACGCCACAGGCAGUGCAUCAAUGCUUGAAAUUCAUUUAUUCCGGAUCAUUUGACAUAGACUAUCCAAAUUUAAAGACUACUUCAAUAGGACUUUUACUGGAAAUUCAACAAGCUGCUGAAGUUUUAGAAAUACCAUUUUUGAGCAAAGCAAUAGCUACUUUUAUACAGCAACCGUCAGCACAAAAUGAAAACGUUCACAGUUACUUAUUGCUUGUAAAGAAAAAUUUGGAGAAAUUCAUUGGAUCGAGUGCAUUUACGGAUGUCACAUUUGAACUGGAUGAUGGAAAAAUGAAGUCACAUCGAGCGAUGCUAAUAUCGAGAUGUGAUAUGAUGCGAGCUAUGCUGAAUGGUGAUUUUAGAGAAGCACAUGCACACACUAUAAUUUUUCCGGGAGUCACAAAAUAUUCAUUUCAUAAGCUUCUAUGCUACUUGUACACCGACGAAAUACCUCAAAUAUCGACCGAUAAAUGUUUAAAUCUAUUAGAAGUGGCCAAUCGUCUAUGUUUACCACGUUUAAUCAAUUUAAUUGAAUGCCGUGUCAUCGAAGGCAUUUCAUCACAAAACGAUACAAUCGAAGCAGUAAAAACUUGCCUGAAUCUACUCGAGCCGGUGAAGUUGCAUAAUGCGCAUCAAUUGGCCGAAUGGUGUAUGUCAUAUUUGUGUGUCAAUUACAAUGUUAUUUGUAAAACAUUGCCGAAAAAUUUAAAAGCAUUACAUCCAGAGAAUCAAGAGUAUUUGCAUGAAAAUCGAUGGCCGCCCGUUUGGUAUCUCAAGGACUUUGAUUACUAUCAACGUUGUAUGAACGAAAUGAAUCGCGAAUGUAAGCCGGGAAAUCGCGGAAAGAUCAAAGAUGAAAGUGAAGGUUGCAUGUGCUUUUCGGGCGUUUUCUCUUGGCUGACAGGUAACAAAAAGCGCCGACAAGAAUCCGAUCCAACAAGAUCGAAUAAUACACGCUUGGUAUUUACACCGGACAACAUGAACUUGAUCAACAGCAAUAACAACGGCAAUCAUAAUUCAAUUAACGUGAUCGAUGCAGAUCCCGAAGCCGAUUUGAAUCUUUGACAUUUGGCCAAUUACGGAUCAGGUUCCAUCGAAUUUACUGUCAUACUACCCGUUCUCAUUUGUUUUAUAUGCACAAUUCUUAGCAUCCUGAUUCUUCUGCAAAUGUUCGUUUGAAUAGAACUAGUAAAACAUAAUGUCUACAGAUAAUGAAAAAAAAAAAA